AUGGCCCGCAUUGACGUCGAACAAGCUAUCGAGGAGCUCACCCUCGGCGAGAAAGUUGCACUGACAGCUGGUCGUGAUUUCUGGCAUACAGUUCCCAUUCCACGAUUGAAUAUUCCGUCGCUGCGCAUGUCAGAUGGCCCCAAUGGUGUUCGUGGCACUCGGUUCUUCAACGGCAUUCCCGCCGCCUGCUUUCCGUGUGCGACCGCCCUGGGAGCGACCUGGGACGUCGAGCUGCUGUCGGAGGUCGGGAAGUUGAUGGGUGAAGAGGCUAUCGCCAAGGGUACACAUAUCGUUCUGGGCCCUACAAUCAACAUCCAGCGAUCUCCGCUUGGUGGACGUGGCUUUGAGUCCUUCUCCGAGGAUGGUGUUCUGUCCGGCACCCUGGCGGGCCACAUGUGCAAGGGCAUGCAGGAGAAAGGUGUGGCAGCGACACUGAAGCACUUUGUCUGUAACGACCAAGAGCAUGAGAGAAUGGCUGUCAGUAGCAUUGUCACUGAACGAGCUCUCCGCGAAAUCUACUUGUUCCCCUUCCAGGUUGCUAUGCGCAUUUGCCGCGCCGCUUGUAUUAUGACUGCGUACAACAAAGUCAACGGUACUCACGUCAGUGAGAACAAGACCCUUAUCGAUGACAUUCUGCGUAAGGAGUGGGGGUGGGAUGGACUUGUUAUGAGCGAUUGGUUCGGCACAUACAGCACAUCCGACGCUAUCAACGCCGGUCUUGACAUUGAAAUGCCCGGCAAGACACGAUGGCGUGGGGAGGCUCUCGCUCACGCUGUUUCAUCCAACAAGGUCGCCCAGUUCAAGCUGGAUGAGCGUGUGCGGAAUAUCUUGAACCUGGUAAACUGGGUUGAGCCCCUCGGCAUACCAGAAGGUGCUCAAGAAAAGGCAUUGAAUCGUCCGGAGGACCAGGCUCUCAUGCGCCGUGCGGCAGCUGAGUCGGUUGUUCUUUUGAAGAAUGAGAACGACGUCCUGCCACUGAAGAAGGAUAGCUCCGUCCUCGUCAUCGGUCCCAAUGCUCGCAUUGCCUCAUAUUGCGGUGGUGGUUCCGCCUCACUUGCCCCUUAUUAUCUUGUCACACCCUUUGAGGGAGUGUCUGCCAAGAGCACCGGUGAGGUCAAGUUCACCCACGGUGCCUACUCGCACAAAGAACUACCGUUACUGGGCCCCCUUCUUAAGACCGCGGAUGGUCAAGCGGGCUUCACCUUCAAGGUAUACAACGAGCCGCAAAGUGCAGAACCAAACCGAGAAGUUGUCGAUGAGCUACAUCUCACUUCUUCGAUUGGAUUCCUGAUGGACUAUGUCAACCCGAAGAUCAAGUCUAUGACAUAUUAUGUCGACAUGGAGGGAUUGUUCACCCCGGAGGCCGAUGGUCUGUACGACUUUGGUGUGACUGUCGUGGGGACUGGACGUUUACUCGUGGAUGGCGAGGUUGUCGUAGACAACACUAAAAACCAGAAGCAAGGGUCUGCCUUCUUUGGCACCGGCACUGUCGAAGUACGCGGGUCCAAGGAACUCAAGGGCGGCCAAACAUACAAGGUUGUCUUCGAGUUUGGCAGCGCCCCAACCUCCGACCUCGAUACCCGCGGAAUCGUCGCAUUUGGACCUGGUGGAUUCCGCUUUGGUGCCACUCGCCGUAUCAGCGAGGAGGAAAUGAUCUCCGCUGCGGUCGAAGAAGCUGCAAAGGCCGACCAGGUGGUGAUUUUUGCUGGUCUCACUAGCGAAUGGGAGACUGAGGGAUAUGACCGUGACCACAUGGACCUGCCACCCGGCAGCGAUGAAUUGAUCAGCCGUGUAUUGGCAGUCAAGCCUAAUGCCGUCGUCGUUAUUCAGUCCGGUACGCCCGUGACCAUGCCAUGGGUAAAUGAGGCUCGCGCUGUUGUGCAAGCUUGGUUUGGAGGCAACGAGUGCGGAAAUGGAAUCGCUGAUGUACUCUAUGGCGACGUUAACCCGUCGGCCAAGUUGCCUAUUACAUUCCCUCGUCGUCUUCAAGACAACCCUUCAUAUGUCAACUUCCGGUCUGAACGCGGCCGUGUUCUGUACGGCGAGGAUGUCUAUGUGGGCUACCGAUUCUUCGAGAAGAGUGCCGUGGAACCUGCAUUCCCCUUCGGCCACGGUCUAUCAUACACGACCUUCUCACGAUCCGAUUUGGGAGUGGACACAGUCCCCGAGCGAUCUCAAUACGAGGAGUCCGGCGAGCCGAUCACAGCAACCGUUACCGUCACCAACACUGGUUCUAUUGCGGGUGCUGAAAUCGUUCAACUCUGGAUUGUCCCGCCCAAGACAGAUGUUAACCGCCCUGUCCGUGAGCUCAAGGCAUUCCAGAAGGUGUUCCUCCAACCCGGCGAGUCGAAGACAGUCCAACUUGUGGUCGAGAAGAAGAUCGCUUCCAGUUGGUGGGACGAGACCCGCGAGCAAUGGAUAUCCGAAAAGGGCCGCUACGAGGUGCUGGUGACUGGCACAGGCUCGGAGGAGCUUCGAGGAGAGUUUGAUGUUGGAAAGACACGGUUCUGGCUGGGUCUUUGA